CAUAUUUCUGUCGCAGGCUGUUUCAAAAUUAUGUUUAUACCUGAUUGGAAAAAUGUGUUGUUUUCUAUGAUACAAGUAGUGCGAAUGAUAUGCGCAAGGUUGCUUUGGCUACAGUUACUAGGGUGAUUUGUAUACAAAGCUGUCGCUUAGCAGUUGAACCGUCAUUAACCAGCUUGCUAACAUUUCGUUUUGUGCAUUUAAUAGAAGUAACAAAACUUUGGUUACAGUGAGACAACUAUAUAUGCAAUGGAUUAUAAUACGUUAUACUACUCUCUGGACCUCGUUUCUGGUAGCGGUCUAACACUGAGCUAUGAGCAAAGAGCUGCUUUGCAGACUUCCCUGGUUCUUCUAAUGAGCGAGUACAAAUUCAAACGUGUCCGGUUUUGGGGCAAAAUUCUGGGCAGUAGGGAUGACUAUUAUAUUGCCCAAGGAAUUUCAGAAGAUGAGAUGCGCGAUAAAAUGAGCCUUUACAGUUUCAACUGUGUAGAAUGGUACGUGCUUCUUCCUGCCACAGAGGCAAUGCUAUUGGAUGUAUCCAUUGCCGCAAAGGGCCCCUUCAUUGGAGACCCUUCACAUGAGUAUGAGCACACAGAGAGACGCAGAAAAGGGGAGCGUGAUGAGGCAGUGGUGGAGGAAGUCACGAUCAAAGUGAAUGAGGAGAAGAGACUGGCUGCCACAGUCCACACCAUUGAUAAGGAGGUGUCUGUGGUCCCACGUGGUGCCUUCAUUAAGAGUCCCCAUGGCGUUGUGCAGACAAACCGUAGCUUUCAGGGUCUGUCUUUCUCGGAAGCAGGUAAACUCAGCUGCUUCAUGCAUUUCACGGAACCACAAAACCUGAAAAAAAAAUCAGUCCUGGAGAAGGCUGACCUUGAGCCCUCCAUCGACUUCCUGGAUCCUCUGAGUGAGGAUAUCCCCAAAGGGUCGUGGAGCUUGCAGUUCGAGCACAGCAGCAGAGUGUGUGUGAUCCGCAGCUUGUUGUGGCUGGGCCUUACCUUCUUCCAUGUACCCAUGACUCCCCAGCAUGGACACAUCUACAUGGGCAACGGACUCAAGAACUUGGACCUGCCCUUCAUGCUCUGAGUCAG